AUAAACCUUAUUUUGUUUUGGUGAUCGAAAUAAAAAACAAAAAUCAUUAUAAAAUAGAGGAUGGGUAAAUGCGUUAAAAAAUUCAAUUAACCACGAAAAAUGCGGAGCUGUUUUUCACAGACCAGCUGAUACAACAAAAUCUCACAUUCCCUCCCUUUUUCGGUUGUCUUCUUUUAACCAUCACAUUUUUGAAUUUUACUGGGUACAUAAAUAAAAAAAUUAUGCUUCAAUUUAUUGAAGUGUAAAGUUUUUUUUUUUAAAGAUAAAUAUUAAUGAAUUGUGUUAAGUUUCAGGGUUUGAACAAAUGUGAGAUAUAUAUAAUGUUAGGAUUUGCUUACAAUUAUUAAAAUGGCUUGGAUCUUUUGCUUACAUUCUUUUACUACCAAACACCAAAGGGUUAUUACACCUUUUGAAAUAAACACUUGCUUGGCCCUAAAGUUGAUUAAACAAUUUUGUUCUUCUUCAUUAGUUCUUCCUCUUGACCAUGACCCUUGUUUCAAAUCACAUUCUUUCUAUGCAUCUCUUAUUGAUAAUUCUACUCACAUUAGACACCUUAAUCAAAUACAUAACCAGUUAAUUGUCUCAGGAUUGCAACAUGAUAGGUUUGUCAUGACCAAAUUGGUUACUGAAAGUUCAAAUCUUGGACACAUUUUUUAUGCACGGAAGCUGUUCGACAAAUUUCCCAUCCCAGAUUGUUUUAUGUUGAAUGCUAUUAUUAGAAGUUAUUCAAGAAAUAGUAUGUUUAGGGACACUAUUGAGAUGUAUAGAUGGAUGAGAUGGGUUGGAAUGUGCCCGGAUAGGUUCACUUUUUCUUGUGUAGUUAAAGCUUGUACCGAGCUUUUGGAUUUCGGUUUAAGUUGCUUAGUUCAUGCACAUAUUAUCGUUUAUGGAUUUGGGUCGCAUUUGUUUGUACAGAAUGGUCUUGUGGUGUUGUAUGCUAAAUGCGGCCGCGUUGGUAUGGCAAGAAUGGUGUUUGAUAAGUUAUACGAUAGAACAAUUGUUUCAUGGACUGCUAUUAUUUCCGGAUAUGCACAGAAUGGGGAAGCUUUGGAAGCAUUGAGAAUGUUCAAUCAAAUGAGAAGUACUGAUGUGAAACCGGAUUGGAUUUCUCUGGUAAGUGUUCUUAAGGCUUAUACUGAUGUAGAUGACUUGGAGCAAGGAAGAUCUCUUCAUGGUUGUGUCAUCAAAACGGGUCUUGAAGAAGAGCCUGAUUUGGUUAUCUCACUUACAGCGUUUUAUGCAAAAUGUGGACAGGUGACAGUUGCAAAAUCUUUCUUUGAUCAAAUGAAGACACCUAAUGUGAUGAUGUGGAAUGCAAUGAUAUCUGGUUAUGCAAAGAACGGUCACGCCGAGGAGGCAGUCGAUUUAUUCCGUGGCAUGAUUUCAAGAAAUGUUAAACCAGAUUCAAUCACUGUAAGGUCUGCAAUUUUAGCUUGUGCACAAGUUGGUUCCCUUAAAUUAGCACAAUGGAUGGAUGAUUAUGUUGCAAAGAGUAAAUACAGAGGCGACGUUUUUGUUAAUACAACUCUUAUUGAUAUGUAUGCAAAAUGUGGAAGCGUAGAAUCUGCUCGUUCGGUAUUCGAUUGUGCUUCUCAUAAAGAUGUCGUUAUGUGGAGUGCCAUGAUUAUGGGAUAUGGAUUGCAUGGUCAAGGUAUGGAAGCCAUUCGUCUUUACGAUGCAAUGAAACAAGCAGGGGUGUGUCCAAAUGAUGUUACCUUUAUUGGACUUCUCGCAGCUUGCAGUCAUUCUGGUCUUGUAAAACAAGGGUGGGAACUAUUCCAUUGCAUGAGAGGUUUCGGAAUUAAGCCUCGCAACGAACAUUAUUCUUGUGUGGUUGAUCUCUUGGGACGUGCAGGUUAUUUGGAACAGGCUUUUGUUUUUAUUCUAAAAAUGCCGAUCGAACCGAGUGUAAGCGUAUGGGGAGCACUUCUAAGUGCGUGCAGGAUUCAUCGUUGCGUAACAAUGGGAGAAUAUGCUGCAGAAAAGCUAUUCUCGUUAGAUCCAUAUAAUACAGGGCACUAUGUUCAGCUAUCGAAUCUCUAUGCUUCAUCUCGAAUGUGGGAUCGCGUUGCAUAUGUUCGGGUUCUGAUGAAGGAGAAAGGAUUGACUAAGUACCUUGGUUAUAGCGUUAUUGAAAUCAAUGGGAAGCUAAAUACAUUUUAUGUAGGAGACAUGUCACAUCCGCGAGCUCAUGAAAUUUUCGAUGAGCUUCAGAGACUAGAAAGACGAUUAAAAGAUGUCGGCUUUAUUCCACAUACAGAAUCUGUUUUGCAUGAUCUGAAUUAUGAAGAGAAGGAGGAGAAUCUUUGUCUUCAUAGCGAGAGAAUUGCGGUUGCUUACGGGCUUAUUAGUACUGCUCCUGGAACUACUCUUAGAAUAACGAAGAAUCUUCGAGCUUGUGUAAACUGUCAUUCAGCAAUAAAGCUUAUAUCAAAGCUUGUUGAAAGGGAGAUUAUUGUAAGGGAUGCAAAUCGGUUUCACCAUUUUAAGGAUGGUUUGUGUUCUUGUGGAGACUAUUGGUGAGAUGAAUGGCUCAUACUCAAACCAAAGGUUAAGGAUGGUUUGUGUAAAUGUGGAGAAGUUGUUGAAAAAUAACUUACUCUAAAUGAUUUUAUUGAAAAUUCAGUUUUUCAUGGGGACCAAUGACAUUGUUAAUGCAUGUGUGGGGAAGAGUUGUCUACUUUUGCAAUUUUCUAAUGGUUCCUUCGCAACCAGUUUUGUCACCACCAGAAUUGGCAGAAUUGAUUGUAAGGUGAGAACCAUUGAUCAUGUUGGCAAGCACAUUAAGUUACAAAUCUGGGAUACAACUAAUUAGGAGCUAAUCAGUUUUGUUUGAACAUUCCAAUUUUUUUUCCUUGGGGGAUAGUGAGAGAGAGUUUCAUCCAAUGAUGUGUUGCCACUUAGCACAUCAUUAGAAAUGGUAGACUUCCUUGGCAGUUGUUGCGCGGCAAUUCAUGAAAGUAUCAUUAGUAAAAAGUUAAUUGAUGUGUUGUACCCGUAGGUGCUAGAGCGAUGUUUAAAAGCAUCUAAGUCUCUAAUGAUGUUCGGCGGCAUUCUUCAAAAAUAUAAGUUAACCACCUUCCUCGUCUUUACAAUUGAGACGACGACUUGAUUGGUAUUGGUUCGAAGAGUUAUAUGUUUAGGGACACAUUCAUUUCCCCUCAUUUUAAUUAAAUUGACAUUGUUUGAGUCAUUGUCUCAGCUUUGAAGACUAGGAAGAUCGUUAACUUCUAAAGAAUAUCGCUAAUCAUCGUUAAAAUUUCGAAAGACUUUUAAGCAUUGGUCCACAUCGUAGCAUCCACCACCUUUGUAACUUAAAAGGGACAAGGUUUAAAUCUUUAUUGUGGAAUGUAUGGCCUAGUGUCCUCCUUCCAGUUUGGUAUUUAACAGAAAACAUGAGACUGAUGGCCUAGAAGUUGACCAAUCAUAAACCUUCGUGAGACAAGGGUUCGA